AGUUGCAACAAAAACCUACUUUAGGACAUGGACCUCACACCUUAUUUGAACAACAGUCCAAUGUUGAAGUCACAAGCUAACAACAUACUUGCCCUCCAAAAUACUCUUCACAAUACUUUCACGAGCUCUCAGGAUUUGAGUUCGUACCCAAUAAAUGGCUCCCUGUUGUUUAGUGGAGUGAAUGGAACUUCAGGAAUAAUAAACCCUGCUCUCUGUCAGAACCCGACCUUCAUGUCCACCAGUUUGCCCGAACUUUCUGGAGUCAAGUUAGAGAAGAGCAUUGAUGGAUCUCCCGACCACAGCUUAGCUUCUUCGAUGCAGUACGAGCCCCACACACCACGCUGUAACAAAGGGUCUAACGAGGACGCAGAGGGUGUCUGGUCACCAGACAUAGAGAAAGCCUUCCAGGAAGCUCUGCAGGCGUACCCUCCAUGUGGCAGGAGGAAGAUAAUCCUCACUGACGAGGGUAAAAUGUAUGGAAGGAACGAACUCAUUGCUAGGUAUAUCAGAGAGAAAACAGGGAAGAGUCGCACCAGAAAACAAGUGUCCAGUCACAUACAAGUGUUAGCUCGAAAGAAAAGCAAAGAGAUUCAGCAACAGAGCAAGGACAGUGACGCUAGGAAUCAGAUUCUUCAGAGAUACAGUUCUAUGUCAUCCGCUCAAAUUGUGAAUGAGGACCUGAAAGAGAAAGCGAUAAAGAGGUCACGAGACUCGCCCCCUGGAUCCGGGCUCUACUACCACAAAGCAGAUGUUCCCAUCAAGUCGGAGUGCAAAACAAGUCCCGGAAAUCUCACCGGACAACCGCCAGGAAUACAAACGAGCGGCUUGAACAACAUGCCCUUCAUCAAAUCUGAGGAAGGCAAGCUGGACUUUGUGAAUCAGAUUAUGAACACGACACAGGCGAGUCUCAACGGAUACUUCCCUACCUCGCUUCAAAACGUGGCAUUCCCGCGGACUCUGUCUUCCAUUGUUGAUGGCUCGUUUGGAAUUACCAGGACGACCAGGCCUCAUCCUCACGUGGGCAGUAUGGAGACCAGCCGGACACCACCUGCAACCAGUGCUACUACUGCUCCUGAACUGAGACUAAAGAUGCUCAAGUUUAACGGUUACAUGGAGAGAACAGACAGAUCGUGGAGACACUAUUUUAUCGACCUCAACACAGAGACUGAUUUCAAUGAUCCUAACAUGGAGAGGAUAGACAUAGAGAAGAUACAUGACAAGUUCAGAGAGUUCCCGAGCGGAGAAGGAAGCUUGAAGGAGUUGUUCGAGGCUGGACCUUCUACAGCUUUCUUCCUCGUCAAAUUUUGGGUCGACCUGAACAUGCCCAACAGCGAUCCCAAAGCGAGCGACAUCUUCUACGGUCACGAUAACAAGUACGAAUCUCGAGAGAAACUGCACAUCAAGGUUUCCACAAAGGCUUGCUCAUUUGGAAAAGGAGUCGUGGAGAAACUUCAGGUACAGACUGUGUCUCCGGUAGCAGUAGAUGGACGACUGAUCUACGAUGUGGAGAAAUCUCCACUCUGUGAGUACAUGGUGAGCUUCAUCUACAAACUGAAGGACUUGCCUGACACCAAACUCAUGAACAACGUACUGGAGAAUUUCACCGUGUUACAGCACGUGACGGAUAUGGAGACAUCGGAAACGUUGAUGUGCGUGGCGUGCGUGUUCGAGGUGUCCGAGACCAACCAGUCGCAGUACUCCAUAUAUCGCCUUGUUGGCCAAUGACCCUUUUAAAUAAUUGAUUUAUUUUAUUAUAAUUGAUAUCAGAGAGGUUUUUAACUGACGUUUAAAUCAAGCUCCCUCGUUUUUGGGAUUCUGUUUUGUAUUUUGUUGAAAAAUGUUCGUGCUAGUCGACCGUAAGCUAUGUCUUGAACCAUAGAGUUGACAAAACCCACCUCCAGUCAGGGUUAUGAUGUUGAAAAUAUAACUUUGAGCUAAAGGUCGACUAUCAUAAAAGCCAUGCCUUGUAUUUGUAAAUGUUUGAUAAAGAAUGCGGUUGAUAAACGCGGGAGUAACGCUUGGCUCCGUUUUGAUAUAUAUCGCUUACUCUGUAUAAAAGUUAAAUUAUUGACAAACUUUUAACAUUUUAGACUUUGUGUAAAAAACUUUUUCAAGUUUCAGUUGGUUUUAAAGUCUGUUGUGGUGAUAUUGAGAUAAUAGCCAGGGAUUAAUUUUUAUGACAACUGUUCCCCCUUAACUCUGUUCCUUUUAUCCUUACCAUCUUAAGUUACACUCUGUUGUUGAAUCUCAACGUAAAAUAAGAUAGGUAUUUUAACUUUUCAACAAACCUAACACUGAAUGGGUUCGUUUAUUUUUCUAACUGUUAAAACAUUUUUAACCAAAGGGGUUCGUUUUUAUAUAGCUUAGUAACCAAUUUUGAUAUUACACCCUGUGUAGUAAUAGACAGUUGUAUAUCAUAGAUGUUAAGUAUCGGAGAUUAUUUUUCCUAGUUGCCAAACUACAUUGAGACAAGUUGCCAUGGUUACCCAGUCAGGUUCCUGGGUAAUAUUGUUGGUAACCAUGGUAACCACUUCCUUGAGUCUUCGAAGUUCGUGUGAAUUUUCUGAGAUUCUAAAAUUUAUGAUCUUUCUUCUGUGGAUGAAACUUCAAAGAUUAAUUUAUCUUUUAGUAAUGUUUAUGUCAAAUCCGUUAAAAUUUACUCUUUUAUAUAUUGCUACUUUAUUAAGGUCGAUUUAUUAGGAUUUUGAAACACUUCUUAGCGAGAUAUUAUGAUUCUUUUGUAAUAUUUACAUUCGGAAUGCAACAUAUUUCAAUAAAC